AACCGUGCGUCGCGAGACCACAACAAGUGACGUCACGGCUUAUUAGAGAUUCACCAGCGCCGACCAAUCGCCGAUAUUCUAACCCGCCCCACUUUGAGAGAGGAAACAAAAUGGCGCCUGAAACGAGCCUCUCAAAAAGCAAGAUACCCGGAUGUUAGUCGGAAAAAGACUACAAAUCCCGGCAUGCCUCUGUGACUGCGACAGAGGAUUGUUGUGUGGGGAUUCCCCAGGUUGCUCAAAUUCCCCUUCGAUGGCAGAAGAAGCUAGAGCAGCGCUUUGAACAGUGACUGGGGCUUCCUUUCUUUUUCCUUUCUUAUGGCCUGGGUGGCAGUUGAGGCCUACUCUCAUAGUAGGCCUGUUUGGAAGUAGUUGAGGCCUACUCCCACAGUGUAGGCCUGUAUGGUAUAAUUGAGGCCUACUCUUCCCUCCAUGGCCUAUUUGCAAGGGCAGGUGGCUCAGAGCGGGCCCAGGUCGCCCAAGCGAGGCGACUCGACUUCUGGAAGCGACGACUGGUGUGACAGCGGGCUGGGUUCCCUCAGCGAAGGCCAACUGGGCCAGCUUCAGGAAGAUGGCGGUUUUGUCGUUGCCCAGGGUGACGUGGAGAUGGGGCCUGGAGACUGUCAAGCCGUGACUUCCGACCCCAGGGACUCCCACAAAGCCCUGGCUGAAAAAGAUGAGGACCUGGAGCGCCUGGAUUCGGCUAUUGGGGACUCCUUGGGCGGCGGAGAGGAGGACGUUAGCUGCAUCGCGGAUGGAGUCCAGGCCGUGCACCUCGAAGGUGAAGAAGAAGGGCCCAUUGCGACGGCAGUGACCCCCGAGGCCUGGCUCCAUCAUGUCCUGGGCUUUGUCACUGAAGAUGGCGAUACAGCUCUCCACUUGGCUGUCAUCCAUGAACACGAGGCUUUCCUGGACUCCAUCCUCCAGUUCAUGCAAGGAACGGAUUACCUGGACAUUCAGAAUGACCUUGGACAGACGGCGCUUCAUAUCGCAGUCAUCUUGGGGGCUUCUGAUUUCGUGGGCAAGCUGGUGUCUGCGGGAGCUGGCCUUUGCGUGCAGGAAAAAGGCGGCCACACAGCACUGCACUUGGCCUGUCGGGAAGGGCAGCGAGAAUGCGCCCAGCAACUCCUGGCACCCGUUCUGGGGCAAAGGCCUUGCGAAGGGAACAGUUCCCGAGCCCAGCUGGACUGCACCAACUAUGAUGGCUUCACCCCUUUGCACCUUGCAGUCUUGAGGAAAGACUUGGACAUGGUCGGUCUCUUGGUCUCUGGAGGAUCAGAUAUCAACAAACCGGAGCUGAGUUGUGGUCGAAGCCCCCUUCACCUGGCUGUGGAGGCACAGAGUCCUGAAAUGGUGGAGCACCUGCUGCGUGCCGGAGCCAACCCCGAAGCCCGGAUGUACGUCGGCUACACCCCCAUGUACAGUGCCAUCCACCGGCCCAACGAAAAAAUCGCACAGCUUUUGCGAGCCUUUGGCUCAGAGGAGCCCGAUUGGGACUCAGAGGAGAGUCUGGAUAGCAAUAGCGAGGAGGAGUAUGACGACAUCGUCAUCAACCGUGGGCAUUAGGAAGACCAGUUCGAGGGGAUCCUGUUUGUCUCCUGGGGCUCCCCAUUCUCGCAACACACCUCCCCCUGUGGCAGCUGGCUGUGAUUUCUGUAGCAACUGCAUCGUCACUGUGAGCUAGAUUUGUAUUAUUUAUAAGAAGCGGGGCUGCAAGUUUCGAGCAGAUCCUGGCACCCCAUUCCGACGUAACCUCUGUGGUUGCUUUGUUUUUCCCGUCUGGUUUCCCAAGCCCUUGUGGCUUCUGUCUGUUUUGAUGUUUGAUAUCCAGCAAUGAAGAAUGUGCUUUGGGCAGGUGUGGGCAAGUUUCGGCCCUCCAGGUGUUUUGGACUUCAACUCCCAUGCUUCCUAGCAGCCAGAGGCUGUUAGCAAUUGUGGGAGUUGAAGUCGAAAACACCUAGAGGACCAAAGUUUGUCUAUGCCUGGCUUUGGGUAUUAGCUGCCUUGAGGUAGAAUUCUGUUCUUUAGAUAUUUCCCAUUCCCACCUUCUGCAUCUUGCCUCUGUCUUAAGCAUGGUCUCAGUGAAAACUGGAGCUGGGACAAUAGUCCAUAUCUAGGCCCGAAGUGUGAACUAUUCUAGAUUUAUGGGGGUUCUUUCUAACACGGAAUCUGUUGUCUCUCAACUCAAAGCAGGCCUAAGUACUACAUGUCACUUUGUGGGCGAUUUGGGGUCAGUAUGCCAGCAUGCUCUGUGCCAUGCUUGCUCCUUUUGUUCCUCCAGUUCUAAGCUCACUUUCAUGCCUUUUUAAGAUGGGCAAGGUUUGGGUCCUAAGUAGGGAAGGGCAGGUGGCAGUUGGUGGAACAAUGACUGCUUUUUGGCAGGAUAUGGAUCCUGGGAUGACUCUGAGCUUACAAAGACUUUUUCAUUAUGGUAAUUUGCCUCCAAGGCUAGGUGCCAUAGCCCUCCUUUGUCUCUCUUUUUUUACAAUCCUAGAAGUAAAACCACUGUCAAGUGCGGUUCUUUAUAAGAGCUAGUGAGAGCACAGGGCUGAGUUUAGUUGCAUAGAUGCUUUUCUGGCCUUCGACCUACCUCUUUCUGGAUAUAUUAUUUCUCCCCAUCCCCUGCUUUCCCCGUGUGUAUAUCCUCCCUUUAGAUUCAUGCUACUUUCUUCCCCCGCCUUUUGUAUAUAUCAAGACAUGGGGAUCUUGCAACCCUUAAAGGUGUCCCCAGCACCCAACAGCAAGCAUUCCUGAGCCUUGCCUGGGAUGGGCGUAGGCCAGGUAUGGGCAAACUUCAGCUCUCUAGGUGUUUUGGACUUCAACUCCCACAAUUCUUAACAGCUUACCAACUGAAGUCCAAAGCACCUGGAGGGCCAAAGUUUGCCCAUGCCUGGCUUAGGCUCAUGGAAGUUGGAGUAGGAGCACAGUUUCUCCAUCUCUAUUAUACAUUUUUCUUUCUGCCACAAUUUAUAUUUAUUGGAGCCAAAUGAACUACUUUUAGCAGCGCUGGGAGGAAGAAUUGGAAGGAAACAUAGUUCACUAUUGGCUGCCCAGCAACUGCAAGGGGAAUUCCAGAGAAUGUCGGACGAGAGGUUUGCCACAAUUCAAAACUGAAACGGCCAGAGCGGUGCACAUCCGUUAGUUUUUCUUACUCACAUCAAACUCUUGGGAUAUUCUUCUGUUUCUUUCCAAAUUCAGAAAAGGACAGAGAGUGAUGACUGGGAUUUUAAGCAGUGCAGCUCCUAUUAUUUUCCGCAAUGGGAGGUUAGAAAAUGCAAACUUUUCCAUCCGGGAUGAACAUAAGAGUCCCAGUGGAGUGACAUUCUUGGGCCAGCCAACUAGAAAGCACUGCCUUCUCUAAGUCAGCUCUUCCUUUGGGAGGAUGUGUUUGGAAAAGUUAGCUUUUGGGGACUACAAUUCUCAGAAUCCACCUAGGCAGCAUUGCAGUGCCAAAAAGAUAACUUUCCAAAACUCUUCUUCGAGGCCAGGCUGGGAGCCUUGAAUGAAAUUCCUGGGAGUCUCCUCAGUUUCAGCUGCUGCCUCCUAAGAGGGGGAAAUCCCUUCUGUGACAAACUCCCAACUUUAAUUUUCUAGGGUUCUUGAAUAACCAGUGGUUAGGAGCUCCAUUUCCUCUUUGUAGAGGGGCAUCAGUUUUGCCAGAGUGUGUGCAUUGAUCAGUUCCAUCUGCCACCCUGAGCUCUGUUGGCACAAAGGUUGUAUCUCCAUCAGCAUUGUAUAUAACUUUUCCACAUUGCUUUCUCCAUGGUCCUAGGCUCCUCCAUUGAGGUGGAGCCCUGGGACUUCUGCAACCCUUAAAAGCAGCAAAAAGGGAAACUUGGAGAUGGGAAAAGAAAGUGAUGGAAUGGUUAUUGGGAGGCUGAGCACAGCCAGAGGCCAUCAUUGUGGCCAUAUGUGUGGCCACAAUGAUGAGUAGGCCAUUGAUUGUUUCCAGAAGUUGAAAUUUUAGACUAGGAAUGAGAGAUAAGGGGAUUCAGAAAGUAGACUGGUGGGCUGCAGUAGUUCAGGAAUGCUGGGAGCUGUAGUCCAUUGCAUAAACAGGGCUUCACUUUGCCCUGUGCUAAACAGUUUGGGAGAUGGUGCCAUGGCUGCACAGAAGAAUGGUUGGAUUCUGCCAGCAUUUGAUAAGCUGAAUUUUGAAGCUGCCCAAUGCACUGGGUUCUUUGGAUAGAUUAAGCAUUGUCUCAUUCAAAUAUAUACCCAGCCUCUGUAUAUUCAUCAAAGACGAAAACUGUCAGGCAUUGCACAUAAACUCUGAAUCCCAAUCUCAAAAAUGUAUUCUCCCCUUCCCUGUGGCUUGCUGUUUCAAAGCUACAGUGUGGUUUUCCUGUGUUUUAUUCCACGUCUGUGACUCAGUUCAGUCUAUGCCUCUUUUGUGUUUAUCGUCUUAUGUAGGUCUCUCUUUAAACAGAUCGGAUUAAAAGCUGUGGAUUUCUGUGUG